GUCACAGAAAGAUUUUGAUCAUACUUUCUUAAUAAUAUGACUGUCUUUUGUAUAGAUGGAGGAAUAUUCCCCCUCAUAUUCUUCCUUCUCAUCCAGAAUGGAAAUGGAGAGGAGUGCACAAAGAUUAGAAACAAUCGACACUAUUCAUGUGAAGGAAGGAAUCUCACCUAUAUACCUAGCAGUAUUCCUUCAUCUGUAGAGACACUGGACUUCAGUUUUAACUUGUUGCCUUCUUUACAAAAGCAUCUGUUUCCUCCACUGAAUGAUUUGCAGGUCCUGGAUCUCACAAGAUGCCAAAUCCAGUACAUUGCUGAUGAUGCUUUCCACAAUGUGAAGAAUGUGACUACUCUAAUUCUUACUGGAAACCCCGUUUCAUACAUAGCACCUGACAGCUUGAACUCAUUACAUAAAUUACAGAGAUUAGUUCUCGUGGACAUUGGCCUGCUGUCUUUAAAUGUGCAGUUCAACAAUCUCACCAAGCUUCAGGAACUAAAAGCUGGAAGUAACAAGAUUCAAACAAUUGCUCUUCCACCAUUCAUGAUCAACUUUAAAGACUUCUGCGUACUGGACCUGCAUGCAAAUAACAUAUCCAGAAUAAAAGUAAAUCACACGGCUGUACUGCGAGAGAUGAGGGGAAAUAUCACUCUAAUACUCUCCAGCAACCCAAUAUUACAUAUCGAACCAGGAGUAUUUAAGGACAUUUACCUAAAAGAGCUUAACAUACAGAGUGCUUUCGUUUCAUUUGAUGCAAUGAGGUAUGGUCUAAAAGCUCUCAGUGGUCUUAAUGUUGGAAAACUCAUUAUAGGAAACUACAGACUAAGCCAAGUGAUAAAGAUAUCAGAUGCUGAUUAUCUUGCUGGUCUGUGCUUGAUACAUUUCACAGAAAUAUAUUAUCUCCAAAAAGAACGGUCACCUUUUAACAUUAACAUGUUCCACUGCAUGGUCAAUGCAACGAAGAUCACUCUGAGAAGAGGAGCUCUUACAGGCAUGGAACAUGUACCAUUUCAUCAACUUAAAGAACUAUACAUAGGUGACCAUCAUUUAUCGAUAUUCCCAGACCUUUCACAUGCACAUUCCUUAGAAAAAUUGGUGGUGGUUGAUAACAAUGCAAUGUUAUUUCACGGUCUCAGUGACAUGCCCAAACUCCAGCAUGUGGACCUGAGUAGAAACCAAUUGAUAUUACAAGAUUGUUGUUCCUGUUAUUUCAGAGACACGCCAAAUGUUCGCCACGUGAAUCUAAGUCUUAACGCAAAUAUAUGGUUGAAUGAAAAACCAUUUUACUAUCUUGGAUUGAUUGAGGUAUUAGAUUUCCAUCAAACAAAACUAGAUCUAAUUGGACAAUUUGGAGUCUUACAAAAUUUGAAGUAUCUAAAAUAUUUAGACCUUUCAUACACAAGAACUACUUUUAGUAGCUACGUAUGUUUCUAUGGGCUUAAGAGUCUUAAAAUACUGAAAAUAGCAGGCAAUACUUUCCAGGGAAAUACACUGUCUUAUUUAUUUGAAAAUCUUACAGCUUUGGAGGUUCUUGACCUGUCACACUGUGGCAUUGAUCGAAUAGACUGUAAAGCGUUCAGAAACCUCCAGAAGCUUAGCCAGUUACUUCUUAGUCGAAACAACUUGAUGGUUUUGGAUUUUUUGACACAGCCAAAUCUACAAAGUCUAACAUGGCUAGCUGUAGACCAAAAUAGUAUUUCUGUUAUUAAACUUAAUACGCUCCAAAAUAUACCAGCGAACCUCUCUGUUUUUGACAUAUCUUCUAAUCCAAUCAGUUGCUUCUGCACCCAAACAGAUUUUAUUUUGUGGAUAAUAAAACACCAAAAAAUAUUUCCUCAGUCUUAUAAUAUUUUAUGUAAAACAGUAUCAUCAGAUUCAAAAAUUAGACUUAUUGACUUUGACACUGAAGGCUGUGUACAUAUCAGAAGACUGACAAUUGUGUUAUGCAUAUGUGCUGUCACUUUUCUUGUUAUUGUAUCAGUUUUGACCUACAAAUUUCAGUUUUAUCUGCGAUAUGGCUAUGUCCUGCUAAGAGGUUAUAGGGCCUCCAGACAGCAGGAAUGUUCUUAUGAUGCCUUUGUUAUCUACUCCAGCAAAGAUGAAUCAUGGGUAAUGGAUGAACUGGUGGAAAAUCUGGAAAAUGGGAGUCCACCCAUUCACCUUUGUCUUCAUGUGCGGGACUUUGAAGCUGGCAAGGCCAUUACCUCCAACAUUAUAGAUGAAGGCAUCAUGGGUAGUCGUAAAAUUAUUGUGGUUGUAUCUAAACACUUCGUUGAGAGUGCCUGGUGUCGUUUUGAAUUUGAAGUGGCGCAGUCUUGGCUAGUGAUGCAAGGCAAUGCUAACAUCAUCAUCAUCAUUCUAGAAGAUGUGGAGGAGAAGUCAAAGAAGGUGUUUGGUCUUCAUAAGCACCUGAAAAACAAUACGUAUCUAAAGUGGAGUGGAAACCCAAUAAAUAACAUGAGAUUCUGGAUUCGUCUUAGGAAAGCUGUGAUCACAAGAAAAUAGUAGGCUUUGUUCUAAUAUUUUAACAUAUUUUAUGCUUUCAAUUAUUGUGAAGCCUUUUUUCUUUUCUUUUUUUUUUAAAUACUUUAAUAAAUUUUUACAAGCUCAUAAUGCU